GCUGGAAUAAGAAGUAGCUUCGCUUUUGCACACAUUUAUUUGAAUGUUGCUAGUUGGGAUGAGUGGGUUACGGAUGCUCGUAUGUUCAAAUACGACGAGGCCGGUCUACGAAAGCAGAAGGAGCUAGAGAAGUUAGCCAAAUCUGGCAAAAAGCUCAAAGUGUUGCGAAAAUCGGACUUAAAAAAGCAAUCUUACCCACCUCCGGAAGUUAUUGAUCAAAUUGGCAAGGUUCCUCAAUCAGCAGACGAGGCUAGUGGUGAGUCCUCCCAUUUUAACUGCCAGGGCCCAGAGAGCCCCAAGACUGCGACCGGCGUAGUCGACGACGCCGAGGUGCGGAGUCAAACUGACGCCACCGAGACCGAGUCGCAGAAGCUCGGCCCGCCUCCGAGGUCGGAGGAACCAGCGCAACCCCCCAAAUCGCAUCCACCGGCCAGCGGUCGCAAACGGAAGGGACGUGGGGCUGCUCAAAUCACCGGUGAAACGGACGAAGGUCUUUUGAAGCGACCGCGAAUCAAUGUAGUCUUCCCUGACGCCCUCCGAGCCUGGCUUGUGGAUGACUGGGAUCUAACCACGAAACAAUCACGCCUCUUUGACCUGCCGGCGCGCAAACCAAUCGCGGGUAUCUUCGAGGACUACCUGGAGCAAACCGGCGCCGAGGCACCGCCAAAGGAGGCCACAGAGGAGUCGAGGGAGCCCGUUAUUACGCCGGAUCUGCGUCACGAGUUUGUCGCCGGCUUGAGGGUCAACUUCAAUUUCAUCCUCGGCUCCCAGCUGCUCUACAAGUUCGAGCGACCGCAGUACGCCGAGCUGCUGAAAACCCACGCCGGACAGGAGAUGGUCGAGCUGUACGGCCCCAUGCACCUUCUGAGGCUUCUAGUCAAACUGCGAGAUCUGAUUACGUUUGUCAAGGUCGACCAUGGUAGCGUGGCUGUCCUCGAAGCCAUUGUUGCUGAUUUCGUCGCGUUCCUCGAUCGGAAUCAAAACGAGUAUUUCAAAUUGGAGGACUACACUGUCGCAACGCCUGACUAUCUACGUGCGGCUAUGUGUUGA